AUAUGUGUUCAACUUUGUGUAAAUGUGUAAUUAUUAAUCUUUUCACAAAGGCUAUAUCAGAUGUAUGGCUACAGCACUGAUGAAUAUAUAUAGUGAAAUUAAUAGGAUAAUUGACAUCUGCUACUUCAUAUUGAUAUUUCGCAGAUAUUUUAUCAAAUAAUGACAGCAUUCUCAACGCAACGUUGAGCGUAACGGUAUAUUAAUACUCACAUAUUAAAUCAUCAACAAAGAAACGUAUCAUAAACAAGGGGAAAUUAGAUAAGUAUGGAAAGCCAACUGAAAACACACCGGUUGAGUGGUUAGAAAGCUGUACUUAUUAUUCCGAAAAUAAAUCAACAGAAUGAACGGUAACAAUUAAGGCAAGUUGUAAUUAUAAUUACGUAGUAAGUUCCAAAAGUUUCCGGCCUAACAUACAAAAUAUGUGCCAAUUUUAAUAUGCCGUUCGUGACACAUAGUGCCAUCUGUGGAGAAUAUAGUGCACCAGUUUUAACUCUUGUGUUAGUCGGUUGGAGACAGUGUUGAGAUAAGUUGUCGCACGUGCUGUGGCUAAAAUGUCGAAAAUAGAGUACCGCGCUGUAAUAAAGUUUUUGACCAAAGAAGGAUUUUCCCCAAGUAUAAUUAAAGAGCGAUUGGAUGGUGUUUAUGGAGAAGCUUCUCCGUCAUAUUCAACCGUAAAAGAAUGGGCUAAACAGUUUCGCCUAGGAAGAGAGUCCAUUAAAGAUGAUCCUCGCAAAGGUCUGCCAGUGGAAGUAAUGACGGAGCAAAAUAUGUCUCUUGUCGAGGAGGAAUUGCUCAAUGACGAACAGUUGAAGUUGAGGGAAAUUUCAGCAAAGUUGGGACUUUCUAAAUCAACCGUUUUUCGAAUUAUUCACGAGAAGCUUCUUACAAAAAAGACUGAAAAUAACAACAUUGACAAAGUUGAUAACAAGCGGAAAAGGGAAAGUGAUACAAUAGACAUAGCAGAUGUACUUGUAAAAUCAGAAGAAAUAAUAAUUAAAAUGGAAUAUCCAGAAACAUUAUCACCAAAAGAUGAAAAGAAAGAAAAUAAGAGAAAGAAGAAAAGAAAGGAAAAGCUGUGUGCAGAAAACAAAGGUUCGACAAUAAUGGAAAGUGAUAUCUCUGUAAAAGAAGAAAGAGAAGAAAUAGAUGAAGAACCAAAAGAUGAAAAGAAAGAAAAUAAGGGAAAGGAAAGAAGAAAGGACAAACAGUGUGCAGAAAGUAAAGAUUUGACAAUGAUAAAUGAUAUUUGUAUAAAGAAAGAAAAAGAUGAAAUAGAUGAAGAAUUUGGACUGAGCUGAGAAUUUAUAUUACAAAAAGAAAUUUUUAUUUUUAAGUGAAAAUAUGUAUAUUAAUAUAUCCAACCGGUUUUUAAUAUUCAAACAUUUUGUUAGGUAUUUUACCCCAAUUUAACCAUAAAAUUUAAUAUGACCUACGUAAAAUGUGUAAUUAUUAAGUUUUUCCCUACGGUUACGUUAGAUGUACGGCUACAUUAAUAUAAGUCGAAUAAAAAUUACAAUCGAUUAUUCUCUUCA